AUGGAAACACAGGAAUAUCGCAUCUUGAUCAAACAUUAUUUUUUGAUGAGAAAAACUUCUGAACAAUGGUUGCAGAAAUGUUAUCCCACAUCUGCUUCUUCGAGAACAGUUUAUCGGUGAUUUAGUGAAUUUAAAAUGGAUCAUACAAGCACCAAAGACGCAUCUCGCUUUGGAAGGCCAAAAGAGGCUACGAAUGCGGAAAUCGUAAAGCAAGUGCAUCAAAUCGUUUUGAGUGAUCGUAAAGUGAAGUUGCGCGAGUUAGCUGAGACCGUGGGCAUCUCAAAAGAACGGGCGGGAUACAUUUUACAUGAUGUUUUGGAGAUGAAAAAGCUAUCGGCGCAAUGGGUGCCGCGUUUGCUGACCAUCGAUCAAAAACAGCAACGCGUUGAUGAUUCAACGGCCGGUUUGGCGUUGUUGCAGCGUAAUCGAGCGGACUUUUUUCGACGUUUUGUGACGGAUGAAACGUGGGUUCAUUACCAUAUGCCUGAGUCCAAUAGGGAGUCUGCAGAGUGCCUGCCACGAAAGCCGACCAAAGCGGCCAAAAGACCAACGCUCGGCCGGGAAAGUUAUGACCUCCGUUUUAUGGGAUGCGCAUGGCAUAAUCUUCAUCGAUUACCUGCAGAAGGGAAGAACAGUUACGGGAAAGUAUUAUGCAGUGUUAUUGGACAAACUGAACGACGAAAUAAAGAAAAACACGGCUCCAUAUGGUGAAGAAAAAAGUUCUGUACCAUCACGAUAACGUACCGUCAUACACAUCCUUGAAAGCGAUGGUCAAAUUGGACCAAUUAUGAUUCAAAUUGGUUGCUCACCCACCGUAUUCUCCAGACUUGGAGAUUUCCCCAGCGAUUAUUAUCUGUUCCCAAACCUCAAGCGGUGGCUCCAGGGAAAGAGAUUCACAUCGAAUGAGGAAGUCAUCGCGGAAACCGAGGCGUAUUUCGAAAGCUUGGACAUUUCGUACUACAGAUAGGGCAUCGAAAUGUUGGAAAAUCGCUAUAUUAAGUGUAUCGUCC